UUGUCUUUCCGUUUUCUUCAUUUACUCCUUACCUUCAGUUAUCCGCCGAGUUUCAUGGUGAGAACGUUUAUACAACUCGAUAUCGAAUUGAAAAACGUUCAGCAGUUUUGACUGAAAUUUCGGUUUUAUAUUGACAUACAAAUUUCUUGCUCCCUUCGACGCAAAUAAAAGAGAACAUAAGCAAAAUAAAAUACACGACUGAGCGUCCUUCGAUUUGGUCUGAAAAUGGGUGGUUUGACACAAAGGCCAUGGACGCCUACGAAAAGGAGAGGACCAAUCGCUGCCGAAUUUAACAGUCCAGGGCCUGCUUGUGUCACUCUUCCACCACUACUGGGUAAAACUGUACCUGACUCUAAACGUGGAAGGGCACCAGCAUUCUCGUUCGGAAGCAGAUCUCUUUUUAGAUGAUGGGAGUAGAACAGAGAGGGAGGAAGAGGUGGAAGAGUUGAAUGACGAGGAGCUAGAGACACAGAUAGGGAAGUUAAGCAGGUCGAGACAGCAGGACUGGGCAGGAUAGACAACGAAGCGUGGCUGCUUAAUACGCCAGAGCUUAGGGAGAGGCUGAAGAAGAUAGUGAAGAAAGUACGGAGGGGAGAGGCAUUCCCAGGAAGGCGGGGAGAGGGUUUAAUACUGCCACUGUAUAAGAAAGGAAAAGUAUAGUCAGGAAAAUUACAGAGGGAUUACGCUAAUGAAUACGGCGUACAAAGUAUACGCGAUGGUACUGGCGGAAAAACUGCGAAAGGAUGUCGAAGGGAAAGGAAAAAUACCGGAGACGCAAGCGGACUUUAGGGCGGCUAAUAGCACUAUCGACAGCCUCUACGUUCUGCAGCAAGUGGUGGCUAGAGAAUUAGCGAAAAAGGGGGUAAAAGUGUACGCAUUUUUUAUAGAUCUGAAAGGCGCGUUUCCGUCGGUGGGUAGAGGGAGGUUGUUGGAGGCGAUGAAUGGGAGGUGAGUAGAGAAAGGCCUGAUGGAGAGGGUAAAGGAGGUUUUAUAAAUAUACGAAGUUUAAAUUGAGAAGAGGAGAGAGAAUUUCGGAGGAUUUCUGAAUGAAUAGGCGGUUGAUACAAGGGUGUUCGCUUAGCAUAACCUUUUUUGUAAUUGUAUUAGUGGAUAUGGAAAGUAAGCUAGCGGCCGGCGUGGUAGGAGGAGUUGGGGUAGGUGCGGUUAUGAUAGGGUCACUUGCGCAUGCAACUAACAUCUUACUGCUAGAAAAUAACCAGGAGGCCUUAAAGUAAAUGAUGAAGAGGUUGAGAAGGUACCUGGAUAACAAUAGGCUAGAGACGAAUGUUGAAAAGUCGAACGUUAUGUCGUUCAGGAAGGGAGAUGGAAGGGAUGAGAGAGGUGAGUGGAAGUAAAAGGGAAGGACGGUGCAGGAGGUGAAAGAGUUUGUUUACCUGGACUUCAUGUUUCGGAGGAAUGGUGGAGUGGAUGGUCAUAUAAAAGAGAGAGAGUGAGAAGGGUAAAUGUAAUGAUAAGACAGGUGUAGGGGCUGGGAAAGAAAGUGUUCACAGAAGAUUUCGGAAGAAGAAUUAAAUUUUUUGGAUCGCUAGUGAUGAGUGACUUAUUUUAUGGAGUGGAGGUGUGGGGAUGGAAGGAAAGAGAGGAGGUAAACUGGAUACAAAAGAGGUAUCUAAAGUAGACUACGUCACGUUGAAAAUUUAUAAUAAUAUGACUGUCAAUAGUACAUUGUUUUGAAGAUUAGUUCAACAAUAAGAAAAUAUUUUAUUUUAAAUAUAAAAAUAUGCAUCUUUUUGAA